AUGACGACAACCUUCGCGCCUUCUUUCUCGCGCACUACCGUCGCGGUCUCCUCCUCCUCCUCCUCCUCCUCCUCCUCCGCGGUGCCCUCGCCGCUGACCGUGCUCGUCCACUCGAGCUUCGAGGGGACCUCCGACUUCUUCCCCUUCCACGACCUCGCCAAGGUCGGCGGCUACACCAAGGAUGACUUCACCUUCCGGGACCUCAUCCAGGAUGGCAUCGAUGGGGGGCCCCAGGUCGACCUCUACCUCUCCGGCUGCCAAGUUCGCAAGGGUGGUGCCCCCGACUGCCCAACGGCGUGCAAUGACACGACGCUGCACUUUGGCUCCUUUGAGACCUUUUACAACUGUGCGGCCCUCGCCGCCAUCGCCCACUGGACCGGCGACAUCGGCACCUACUACCUCGGUGUCGAGGCGGAGCGCAACGCCAGCGUCCUCAUGGGCAGCGGCGGCACGCUCGCCGGCUUCCGCGCCCGGCCCGUCCUCGAGUCGUUUGCCGCCUGCGCCGUCGAGUCCUGUACGCAGGACCAGCUCUCCGCGCCGUGCGACGCGUCCGUCAUGGACCUCUCGCGCAACUCGUCCUCGCGCGACAUCUUUGCGGCCAUGGAUAAGUUUUGCCCAGAACUGCGCGCCGAGAUCAACCCCGACAUCUUCGGCCCCGGUGUUCUCAUCUCGUACGUUCUGCAAGUGGUCUUCUCCGCCUCUCUCUACUUGUUUCUCAAAAUCUUCACCUUUUGGGUAGGCUACUCUCAGAAGCCCGCCCAGCGGCGGCCAACGUCGGAGCGGCUCGUCAGGCGGCUCACGCGCAUCGAGUCGAUGAUUUGGAAGGACUCGUCAGCGCUAUCGCGGACUAGCAUCGCCAUCGCCGCGACGCUCGUCGAGUUCCAGGAGGCGCAGUGCUGGUUCGUCUUCGCCGUGCAGAUCGCCUCCAUCCUCGCCAUCGUCGUCAACUCGCAGGAGGGCACCUUCUGGGGCGAGAUCGUCGUAAACUCGGCGGUCGCGUUCCACGUGUCGCAGAACGGGAUCCUGCCCAUGUUCCUGGUGCAGAUCUGCCUGCACAACGAGGGCAUCCGCAACUGGCACACGUUCUUGGGCUUCUGCAUGGAGUACCUGCUGGCCAUCGUGGCCACGACGCAGCGCGUGUCGUUCCGCGGCAGCGUCGACCUCUUCCGCGGGCAGCACGCCGUCGCAGCGUGCGGCGGCAACCCCAGCCCGCGCACGUAUUGCGCGAGCAGCGCCGGCGUGGACGGCCUCACGCUCACCUUCUUCCCGCACCCGCUCGUCUACAAGCUCGUCUUCCUGGUGCUCGACACCGUCGCCAUCGCGGCCCUCGCCGCCGACCAGCUCGCGUGGACGCUACGCACGCACCAGCGCACCCGCCAUUGGACACUCGGCGCCCACGGCCUUGGCCGCUGGCCCGACGGGCGCCUCAAGCGCCACUGGGUCCGCUGGUCGGGUUGGUUCUGGCACGGCCUCGAGUUCGCCUACCUCGUGAUCAACGUCCUCUACCUCGUCUCCCUCAGCAAGGUCAUCAGCAAUGAUAGCUUUCAGGCGAACCGCUGGUCGUACGGGCAGAUUAUUGCCAUGACCGUCUGGGGCCCCGUGAUUGUCAAGCUAUUCUCCUUGAUCCUAUCGGGGCCUCCGAAAAACGGCGAGGGUCUCAACGCCGGCCCGCCACGGCUGCGCAUCGACAACGUGCUCAACCACCGACAGGCUGACACGGCCGACGAUGUCAUGAGCACGUCCUCGUCGGGGAGGUGGAUUCCACCACCUCCGCCGCAGUUACCGCUGCAGCGCAAGCUCGCUACGCCGCAGAGUCCGGAUAUUGAGGGCGGCAUGAAAGAGGCGGACGUGGAGACGGCGCCGCCUAGAACAAUAACGAUACGCCAUGAGUGA